GCAUCCUCUCAUAUAGAGGAUCUUGCAGAAGAAGCAUCACCUGAUUGGAAUGAUAAAUUAUAAAAGGGGAAGGCAUCGCUGUGAGUCAAGAGACCAAGCCAGCUGGAAAAAUGAUCUUUUCAACAGAAAUGUGGUAGCCUCAACCCAAACCGAAGAAGGUCUAAAGCUUUUGUUGAUAAGUGGAGAUGUUACUUGUUUACAGGCUGAGGUCAUUGUCAACAAUGUUCCAGUGGAUCUUCAGCUUGAAAGAGGAGGGCCACUAUCUCAGGCUCUUUUACAGAAUGCUGGUCCAAAGCUCCAGGAAGAGUUAUAUGUCACCAGGCAAGAAACGGAGGAGAAUAUAGGUAGCAUAUUCAUGACAAGUGGCUGCAAUCUGAACUGCAAAGCUGUGCUCCAUGUUGUGGCACCAGCCUGGGAUAAUGGAGAAGGGUCCUCUCAGCAGAUCAUGGCAAAUAUAAUCAGGAACUGUUUGACAAUUAUGGAAGAGUUAUCUUUUUCAUCAAUUACAUUUCCCAUGAUUGGAACAGAAAAUUUGAGUUUUCCCAAAGCUAUUUUUGUUGAACUAAUCCUUUCAGAAGUGUUCAAAUUUAGUAGCAAUGAAUGGCUGGAAACCUUACAAGAAGUUCACUUUCUGAUACAUCCAGAUGAUGAUGAAAUCCAUCAGGCAUUUUUAGAUGAAUUCACUAAAUGGUUGAGAGGAAAUCCCAAUAAGGACAAGAUUCUUAUGUCUGGAAGUGGCCAAGGAAUCUUCGAGACUCUCUUCAACUCUGAGUUCACAGUAUAUGAAAUGAAAAUUGGUGCAGUUACUUUCCAGAUUGCUCUUGGAGAUAUUACCAUAGAAAAGGCAGAUGUGAUUGUAAACUCAACAUCAAGGACAUUUAAUAUGAAAUCAGGGGUGUCGAAAGCAAUUUUUGAAGGUGCUGGACCAGAUGUGGAAAAUGAAUGUGCUGUACUAGCUGCACAGCCUCACGGAGAUUUCAUAAUUACACAAGGUGGAUACUUAAUGUGCAAGAUAAUAAUUCAUGUUUUUGGGGAAAAUGAUGUCAGGAGAACAGUUUCCACCGUUCUAGAAGAGUGUGAGCAGAGGAAGUACACUUCUGUUUCCCUUCCAGCCAUCGGAACAGGCAAUGCCGGAAAAAACCCAGUGGAAGUUGCUGAUGACAUGAUCAGUGCUAUUGUAGACUUCGCAUGGAAACAUUCCACCCCAUCAUUACAGAAAGUUAAAAUUGUCAUCUUUCUGUCUGAACUGCUAGAUGUAUUCUAUGACAACAUGAAAAAGAGAGACAAUCUCAUGUUACUCGCCUUUCAGCCCACAUUCUUCGAGAUUCCAUGUAAUAUUCCUGAAACCUGGACUGACAUGAAUCAGCAGCUAUCCUGUGUGAUCGAGCUACAACCUGGACAGUCAGAAUAUGGCAAUGUAAAGGACAAGUUCUCUGAGACCUGUUUUUCUUACGAAAUAGAGAAGAUAGAGAGGAUACAGAAUGUAUGGCUCUGGAGAAGCUACCAGAUAAAGAAAAAGCACAUGGACACCAAGAAUGGCCAUACAGAUAAUGAGAGAAUCCUAUUUCAUGGGACAGUUGCAGACUCAGUGGCAUAUGUCAAUCAGCAUGGCUUUAAUCGCAGCUAUGCUGGGAAGAAUGGGGCAACCUAUGGACAAGGAACUUAUUUUGCUGUUGAUGCCUGUUAUUCUGCUAAUGAUGCAUAUUCCAGACCAGACAGUAAUGGGAGAAAGCAUAUUUAUGUUGUACGAGUACUUACAGGAACCUACACAACUGGAUAUGCAGGAUUAGUUACCCCUCCAUCAAAGGACCCUGACAAUCCCACAGAUCUGUUUGACUCUGUCACAGAUGAUAUACAACAUCCAAAGCUAUUUGUGGUAUUCUCUGAUAAUCAAGCUUACCCAGAAUAUCUCAUAACAUUUAGGUGUUAAAAAAUAGGUGUGUGUGUGUGUGUGUGUGUGUGUGUGUGUGUGUGUGUGUGAGUGUGUGUGUGUUUAUCUCACAGAGAUGAUUUACUCAUCUAUUCAAAAACAAUUUAUAGGGUUUUUGUCUUUGCCCUUGGCUUGCUUUUAUAGAUAAAAAUUUGUCUGUUAGGUGCUAAAAUGCUGAAAACAGCUUUUUAAAAAUGCUCUGUUGCAAUUUGUAGCAUACCUCUUUUCUGAGCAUAUUGAUGGGUGGAAGCUAAGAAAUGUAGAAAACACAAUUAUAGCUACAACUAUUUACAGAUACCAAGUCUGUAGGAGAACUAAUAUCACAUUACUUUUUUCUAGCAGAGAAGAAAUAAGAUGGAUCACUUUAAAACCAAGAUGUUGUUCUUACAGAACAUGUUAAGACAUCUAACUGUGUUGAGCACAA